AUGAACGAGUUGAAAACCAUCAAUUUUACUGUUGUGUUUGAUGAUGGCAUGUCUAUCGAAAAACAAGAAAAUGUGACGCAACUCCAUUGGAAAGAUUAUAAGAACAUCGUUGAAAGAAAAUAUGAAGAAAAAUGUCUCGGAAGUGAAAACUCGAUAAUAAAAACGUUGAGCCAACCACUCGUAUUUCAAAAAUCUUCAGAACAGUACUCAAUUGCUAAAUUUGUGAUAAAAAGUGGCGGCUUGUUUGACUUUACCAAUUUAAAGAUAUCGUCUUUGAAGGUUACAAUUCAAGCAAAUAAAGUGAUUUUGAAAUUACCGAAAGUCCAGCAAUUGAAAAUUGUUAGUCCUGAGAAUAAAGAGUGUAAAAUUAAUAAAGAAGAUGUGUUACAGUGCUCUUCUCUAUAUUUGAAGGGCAAUUUUAUGGAUUUACUUCAUUUUAAAUUCAACGAAAAAAUCACAUCAUUUCAAAUGAAGUCGAGUAUGAUGUGUACUUAUGACUUUUCGUAUGCUAAAAAUUUACAAUAUGUAAACAUUGAAAGUGACUUUGAAGCGAUUGACCUGACGUUCUGUGUGUAUCUCAAAGAUGUUACAGUAACCAAUUUGAAAAGGAAAGGAACUAUAAAUCUUCCAUAUGUCUAUGGGCGUGUUACAAUUCAUGGGAAUGGAGAUGGAUUAUCAGUGAAUGGUUCUGGAUAUAAUGUGAAACUCUCUGGUGUUAUUCAAUCGUUUAAACCAAUGAAACGCCAAAUGAAUGUUCUCGUCAUCAAAUGUACAAAUAAAAUUGAUGUUACACCAGAUGAUACUUUUCGUGAUGAGAAAAGAAACCGCAAUGUUGUUGUCUUAAAUACAAAAGAUUUGGUUCUGAACGCACAAACUAAUUUGGAGUAUGUUGGAAUUCCAUAUGAUUGUAAUGCAGUCAAUAUCACCGGAUGUAACAUCAAAGCAAUUUACACAAUAAACAUGGAAGGCGUUUUCUUCUUAAAAUUAGAACAAGACAAAAUGGUGUUUGCGAAUGAAUAUUUAAGAUCGAAAAGAAGGAGAUAUCCACAAUAUUAUCAAACAGAUGCUGAAGCCAGAGUACAUCUAACAAAGGAAAUAUUGAAUUAUUAUUUUAAUUGGAGAAAAGAUAUGAAACUGACUGUAGAAGUACAUUGGUAUUGCGUCUCCCUUCGACAGACAGAUAUACUAACAGAAGAGCAUUGGUCAAAAACAGAUAAGACUUGGGAACUCAUUCAAGAGAAAGGUUGUAUUGAAAAGGAGUACAAGAAACCUCAUAUGAAGAAAGUAAUGAACAAAAUUGAUACAAGCGAUAUAGUAACCAAAAUAGAACAAAUGAUUGAUGAAGACGUUGAUCAAUGUGGUGUUGAAUAUUCAAAUGAUGAAAAAGAUGAAGAUGGUGAUAUCCAAGCCUAUAUGUAUAAAGAAGAAGACUAA